AUGGAUCCGAACUCCUUCACGCACAAGGCCAACGAAAUCCUCGUCGCGGCGCGCGAGCUCGCCGAGUCCAACGGCCACGCGGAAAUCACGCCAGCCCACGUGGCGCUCGCGCUUCUGCAGGACGAAGACGGCGUUUUCCGCUACGCCGUCGCGCAUUCCAGCGUCAUCAACUACAACGCGUCCGCGCCAGGUCAUUCCCCGAGGGGCGAUGGCGACACGAUUCAAGCCUUCCAACGUGCCAUCAAACGCCUUCUGCAGAAAAUCCCCUCGCAGCAACCUCCGCCAGAUGAAAUCCACGCAAACCCCGCGCUCGUGAAGGCGCUGCGAAAGGCGCAGCAGAUUCAAAAGAAGGCGGGAGACUCGCAUCUGGCCGUCGAUUCUCUCGUGCUCGCGUUGAUGGAAGAUUCGCAAAUCUCCGAGGCGAUGAAGGACGCGGGAGUGAAUGCGGGGAAGGUGCAAGCCGCGCUGGCGCAGGCGCGCGGGGAGCGGAAGGUGGAGAGCGCUACGGCGGAGGGUACUUUCCAAGCGCUCAAGAAAUUCGGGCGGGACUUGGUCGAGGUUGCGGCGAAACUCGACCCCGUGAUCGGUCGCGACGACGAAAUCCGACGAGUUGUGCGAAUUCUUUCUCGAAGGACGAAGAACAACCCCGUGCUAAUCGGCGAACCCGGCGUCGGGAAAACCGCCGUCGCGGAGGGGCUUGCGCAGCGCAUCGCGCGCGGCGACGUGCCGAGCAACCUUCAGAACGUGCGGCUCGUUGCGCUCGACAUGGGCGCGCUGGUCGCGGGGGCGAAAUACCGCGGAGAGUUCGAGGAGCGCGUGAAAGCCGUCCUUAAAGAGGUGGAGGAAGGCGAAGGCCGGAUCAUUCUCUUCAUCGACGAGAUGCAUUUGAUUCUCGGCGCGGGCCGCACGGAGGGCGCCAUGGACGCCGCGAAUCUCUUCAAGCCCAUGCUCGCGCGCGGGCAGCUUCGCUGUAUCGGCGCGACGACGCUCGAAGAAUACCGCAAGUACAUCGAGAAGGACGCGGCGUUCGAGCGGCGCUUCCAGCAAGUGCUUGUAGCGGAGCCGUCUGUAGCGGAUACAAUCAGCAUUCUCCGCGGGCUGCGCGAGCGCUACGAGGGGCACCACGGCGUGCGCAUCCAGGACCGCGCGCUCGUCGUCGCGGCGCAGCUCAGCGGAAGGUACAUCACGGGGAGGCGGCUCCCCGACAAGGCGAUCGACCUCGUCGACGAAGCGUGCGCGAACGUUCGGGUUACCCUAGACAGCCAGCCGGAGGAGAUUGAUGCGCUCGAGCGGAAGCGCAUCCAGCUGGAAGUGGAGCUACACGCGCUGGAGAAGGAAAAGGACAAGGCGAGCGCGGUGCGCGCGGGGGAGGUGCGCGCGCAGCUGGGCGAGCUGCGCGACAAGCUGCAGCCGCUGCAGAUGCGGUACCGGCGGGAGAAGGAGCGCGUCGACGAGCUGCGGCGACUCCAGCGGAAGCGCGAGGAGGUGCUCGUCGCGGUGCAGGAGGCCGAGGCGCGCAUGGACCUCGCGCGCGUCGCGGAUCUGAAGUACGGAGCGCUCACCGAGCUCGACACCGCCAUUGCGCGCUACGAGAAGGAGGCGGAGGCCGCCGCGGCGGCGCAAGCCGACGCGGCAGGCCCGGGGAAGCCGAUGCUGACGGAAACCGUCGGUCCGGAUCAGAUCGCGGAGGUCGUCAGUCGCUGGACUGGUAUCCCGGUUACCAGACUCGGGCAGAACGAUCGCGAGCGGCUGUUACACCUGGCGCAGCGCUUACACGAGCGCGUGGUGGGGCAGGACGAGGCGGUCCAAGCCGUCGCCGAGGCUGUGCUUCGGUCCCGAGCCGGGCUCAGCAGGCCUGGGCAGCCCACCGGCUCGUUCCUGUUCCUCGGCCCGACCGGCGUGGGAAAAACGGAGCUGGCGAAAGCUCUCGCCGAGCAGCUAUUCGACGACGAAAACCAGCUGGUUCGCAUCGAUAUGAGCGAAUACAUGGAGCAGCACAGCGUCGCGCGGCUGAUCGGUGCUCCCCCGGGUUACGUGGGACACGAGGAGGGGGGUCAGCUUACGGAAGCGGUGCGGAGGCGUCCGUAUUCUGUCGUUUUGUUCGAUGAGGUGGAGAAAGCGCAUACGUCGGUUUGGAACACGCUUCUGCAAGUUCUGGACGACGGGCGGCUGACUGACGGAAGAGGUCGCACCGUCGAUUUCAGCAACACAGUGAUCAUCAUGACUUCGAAUUUGGGCGCGCAGCAUUUGUUGGCGGGUCUGUCCGGAGAGGUUUCGAUGGACGAGGCUAAGAAGGAGGUUCUGGCGGAGGUUCGGAAGCACUUCCGCCCGGAGCUGCUGAACAGGCUCGACGAAAUGGUGGUGUUCGAGCCGCUGUCGCUCCCCGAAUUGAGGAAAAUUGCGCGGCUGCAGAUGCGCCAGGUGGCGGCCAGGCUGGCGGAUCGGGGGAUUGCCCUGGGGGUUUCCGAUGCGGCCCUAGAUGUUGUCUUGAAGGAGGCGUAUGAUCCGGUGUAUGGAGCGCGGCCGCUGCGGCGAUGGCUUGAGAGGAAGGUGGUUACCCAGCUAUCUAAGAUGCUGGUGGAAGGGAAGAUUGACGAUAACUGCACUGUUUUCAUCGACGCUCAGGGCGGUGCUGGUGAUGGUGUGGGGGAGAAUGGGAUUGCGGAUGAGGAGGCGAUAAGCGGGUUGGUGUAUCGGGUGGAGAAGACUGGGGGGAUUGCGGCUGAGAAGGCCAAGGGGAGGCUUGGGGAGUUUUUGGUGCAACCUGCUGAUGCUGAUGGUGGGGGGAAGAGGGCUAAGGUUGAUGAUGAGGAUGAUGAUGUGGAUGAUAUGGAGGAUUGA